AUGGCGACGCAGGUCCCGGUGCCGUCGGCGAAGCGCCAGCGGCUCGCGGCCGAUGCCGCGCGCCGUGAAGAAGAGGCGCUCGCUGCAAUCGGAAGCAUGAAUGCGACCAUGUCCUCUGUCCUGGUCCAGUUCCAGUCCGGCCAGGACGAGUCGUACCUCGGGUCGACCCUCAGUCUCCCGGCGAGCGCCGGCCAGGCCGAGAUGGGCAAGAUUGUGAACGAGCUGCGGCGCCAGCUCAAGCUCAAAGACGAAGAUGAGGACGAGGACGAAGAGAUUCCCUAUACCUUUCACGUCCUGCUCGCUCCGUCGCCAGAGGCACCGUCGCAGCCGACACGCAUCAACAUCAACGAGAGCCUGCACGAGAGCGUGUUGCAGUCGGCCGUCGCAAAGCGCCUUGGCCUCAGCUCGGAAGACAGCCUGACGGUCGUGUUUGAACCCCAGGCGGUGUUUCGCGUGCGCGCCGUGAGCCGCUGCUCGAGCACGCUGUCGGGCCACGCCUCGCCGAUCCUCUGCUGUGCGUUUAGCCCGAGCGGCCAGCUGCUCGCGACCGGCGCGGGCGACAAGACGUGCCGUUUGUGGGAUAUGGACACCGAGACGCCGCUGCACACGCUCCAAGGCCAUACCGGCUGGGUCCUGUGUGCAGAGUGGGAGGGCCGCGAGCGCAAGCUGGCGACCGGCGGCAUGGAUGGCCAGGUGUACGUGUGGGAGUCGAUGGACCCCCAUCUGACCGGGCGCCGUGCGUGGGGCUCGCGCAGCGGUAAGCAGGUCGACGAGGCGCGCGCCGCGCAAGGCGAGACGGGCCGCAUGUCGGUCGCCGACCGCCGUGCGGCGCGCCAUGCGUCGCCCCAAGGCCACCUGCUGCGUGGCCACACCAAGUGGAUUACGAGCCUGUCCUGGGAGCCGAUCCACCGCAACAGCCGUUCCCCCCGCCUGGCAUCCUCGUCGAAAGACGGCACGGUUCGUGUGUGGAACUUGGACCGGCGCCACGUCGACUUUGUCCUGGGCGGCCACACCGCGAGCGUGAAUGCCGUGCGGUGGGGCGGCGAAGGUGCGAUCUACACUGCCUCGUCCGACCGUACGGUCAAGGUGUGGAACGACCAGGACGGCCGCGUGAUCCGCUCGCUGAACGACCACGCGCACUGGGUGAAUACGCUUGCGAUUUCCACCGACUAUUUCUUGCGUACCGGCGCAUUUGAUAUCCAGGGCACGUACGCGUCCGCGGCGCUGGCCCGCUACCAGGCGCGCCCCGAGUCCAUGACUAAAUCCGAGCACGCCAAGGCCGACGAGGCGGAGGACGAGGCGUGCAAGGUCGCGGCCCUCGCGCGCUACCGCGAGGCGACCGGCGACGGCGGGCGCCCCGAGCUUGUCGUCUCUGGCUCGGACGACCACACGCUCUUUCUCUGGCCCGCGCAGAUCGGCGCCUCGAAAGAGUCGCCGAAAAAGCCGCUCGCACGCCUGACCGGCCACCAAAAGACGGUGAACCACGUGUGCUUCUCGCCGGACGGCCGCCUGAUUGCCUCUGCGUCGUUCGACAACAGCGUGAAGCUGUGGGACGGGCGCACCGGCAAGUUUAUUGCGAACCUGCGCGGCCACGUCGCCAGUGUCUACCGUGUGGCCUGGAGCAGCGACAGCCGGAUGCUUGCGAGUGCGUCGAAAGACUCGACGAUCAAGCUGUGGAACCUCAAGACGUUCAAGAUCAAGGAGGACCUUCCCGGCCACGAGGACGAGGUGUACUGCGUCGACUUUAUCGCGGACAAGCUCGCGAGCGGCGGGCGCGACCGCACCGUCAAGAUCUGGCGCCAUUGA